CUCUCGCGCGUCGACCGACCCGGAUUCACGCACGUCUCUUCGACUCGGCAGGGCCGAGAGAGGAUAACCUCUCUCUCUUAGUAGUACCCUCAGUUUAAUCGCGUACGAAAAAAUAGGGGGGUGCUUUUAUCGAGAAAUAGUAAGAAAAAUAGAAAGAAAGAAGAGAAGAAAGAAAAGGAAGAAAGAAAGAAAGAAAGGAAGGAAGGAAGGAAGGAAGACAAGAGGAUUUUUUUUCGAUGAUCCUUUCUUCGAAUUAAUCGAUUCAUCGAAGUCGAAUAUAUACGCGUGGUGCGCGUCAAAUAUUCACGGGUUUAAUUGGACAACAUAUUUCGUUGCUUAUCGGAAUCCACCCCAUCCUCCCCUCCCACAACCCAUCCUACCCCACCUCUCAUCCCAUUAUCCUAAUAAUUUAAUCCCUCCACGUCCACACGACGCCCGCACGAAUCCACCUCCCCCCUCCUUCCUUCCCCCUUUUCAUCGAUAUAAUAGGAGCUACGAGCUAAGACAAGAGAAAAUUGUUUAUACGUCGUCGUUAUAUUUUCUUGGAUACGCCGAUACGGGAACGUUCGUAAUGAAGAGAGAGAGAAAGUUCUAAACAGGGAUGAACAAAUUGUAUCUGACGUUGCAACGUAAAUACAAGAUGGCCGUCGUUCGUUACGGGGGUAUGCGGAACGCCCUUAGCAUCGUGUCGUUCGAAGUUCCACGUGUUUUUAUUAUGUCAACGACGAAGUUCGAUUGAAAUGUAGUGUUUACGAUCGACAAAGACAAGAAUCGAAGAGAGAGAGAGAGAGAGAGAGAGAGAGAGAGAGAGAGAGAAAGAGGGAUAAGGGGAGAGAAACAAAAACCAAAAGAACAAAAAAAAAAAGAAAAGAAAAGAAAAGGAAAGGAAAGAAAAGAAAAGAAAAAAAAGAUCGUUCGAAAUUAUCCCAUUAUGUUUUCUUGUUUACGAUACAAGUUUCAUUGAAUUCAAUAACUAUCCUAAACGUCCUUACGGGAUAAGGAUCUAAACGGGGGCGCCCGCGCGCGCGCGCGCGCAUUUGUUAUUGUUAUUAUUGUCGUUCGUGCUAGUGGAUAUCAAUAGUAUAGUAUUAUCGACAAGAACGGUAGCCAUAGAAGAUGUCGGAACACGGUGAUAGCGACGUAGACGCGACGGAGGAGAUAAACGUCGACGAUUCCGAUUCACGUAGUUGCAGUCCAAGAAAUUAUCCUAAUCAAGAGGAGCGACGGAACGUUGUACAAGAGAAUUCGGAGUGUUCAAAUUCGCCGCCACCAAGUCAGACGAGUUCUAGGACGGUACAGAACGAAUCACCACGUAGCCACCCCUUCAGUAUAAGUCGUCUCUUGGGAGAUAGUCAAAGACAAAAUACUAAGAGUUCCUCGUCCGAGGAGGAACUCGAUAGCGACAAAGAAAGGAAAUGGUCCUCCUGGGAGGAAGGGAAUAAUAAUAAUAAUAAUAAUAACAAUAACAAUAAUAAUAACAAUAAUAAUAAUAAUAAUAAUAAUAAUAAUAAUAAUAAUAACAAUAACAACAAUAACAACAACAGCAUCAAUCAUCGCGUUAGUUCAUUGGCUACGUUGGACGACGGACGACGUUCAUGGGGCCAAGAACUCGAAGAAAAAUUGUCCGAGAAGGACGAUGACGAUACAGGGAGCACAGCGGAAACGACGCAAACGACGAAUUCAACGUCCUCGAUUCACUGCACGACAGCGGCCGAUCUUCUCGCACCGUUCAGAUUAUUUCCAACCGGUUCGAGUCUUAUCUAUACAGGCGGCGGCGUCAUAAGGGUGCCUGCACACCGACCACCCGGUGCCAAUGGCGCACCAACCGGUGGUAUACCUGCUCAAGCACUUAUACCACCAUGGAGCUUGCAAGCACUUCAGCAUAGUCAGCAACAGGCAGCGGCGGCGGGCUUGCAUAGGGCGAGUUUGCUCGCCAAUUUAGCUGCACAUCCGUUACAAGCGCAUCCGCAUCUUAAGGACAGGCUAGCAGCAGUAGCUGGAGCAUUUCCAAGAAGAAUCGGUCAUCCUUAUCAAAACAGGACACCACCUAAGAGGAAGAAACCAAGAACGAGCUUCACAAGGAUACAGAUCGCCGAGUUGGAGAAACGUUUUCAUAAACAGAAGUAUCUCGCAUCGGCCGAGAGAGCGGCCUUAGCAAAGUCCUUGAAGAUGACGGAUGCGCAAGUGAAAACAUGGUUCCAAAAUAGACGAACGAAAUGGCGAAGACAAACCGCUGAAGAAAGGGAAGCGGAAAGACAAGCGGCGAAUCGAUUGAUGCUGUCACUUCAGGCAGAGGCUUUAAAUAAAGUAGCUUACCCUACUACGGUAUCAAGUCAUCCAGCUGGCAGCACAGUACCCGGUUUGGACAGACAGCAACCACCCACGGCGUUAACGCAUCCAGUGGGACAGUGGGCCUCACCUUACGGGCCCCCUCAGCCUCUUACCGAGCCGAUUUGCUGAACCGUGCCGAUUCUAGUGAAUCGGGGGACUCUCGUCCGGU